AUGAGAAUAAGGAAAAUUAGUGAAUUAAUAAAUACAAAAAAAAUAGAUCAUAUAUUAAUGAGUGAUAUUGACAAGGAUUUUAAUAAAAUAACUAAUAGUAAUAGAGGCAUAUAAAAACAGAAAGGAGAUUUUGAUAAAGUAUAUUAUAUCCAAUUAAUUGAAAAUGCUGUUAAAUAUAAUCCUUAAAUGAAAGAUUGA